CCCAUCGAGCCCGAAAACGUCGUCGUCGUCGUCCCUGAACCCGAACAUGGCUGCGGAGGAAGGGGGAGGAGAGCGAGAAGCGAUCCCGAAACCCUCGACCCCUUCGUUAUUCCCCCUCUUUCCCCUCUCGUCGAACCCUCCAAACCCUAACCCCACCGCCUCCUCCAUCUCCUCCUCUGGCGCCGUCCAAUGGCUCUCCAAUCCCAGCUUCACCUUCGACGUCUCAGCCAUCCCGGCGAGCGGCGGCGCCGGCGCUGCGCUUCCCCCGGAGCUGGCGAUCUCCUCCUCCGACGACGAGGCCCCUUCUGCCGCCGCCGAGGCGCGGGCGAAGUCCUACGAUCUAGUCCCUUCCCCUUCCUCUCCGUCUCCUUCGUCGGAGGAAGAGGAGAGGAGCUCUAGGAGGAGGGAGAGGAGGAGGAAGAAGAAGAGGAAAAGAGAGCGGGGGAAGGAGGGUGUUGGAGAGGGAGCUUCGAGGAAGUCGGGGGUUCGAGCGUGGGCGGGGUCUGAGAGGAAACCCUCGAAAGAUUACUACUUUGAUGCUUGUGGUGAUAGGGAUAAUUUGGCAUUCGGGUGCAUCUACAGAAUGGAUAUUGCUCGUUACAAGCUUCAUAGUCUUAUGGAACUUUCUGGGCUCAAUUUCCAAGUUCGUUAUCGCUGGAGGUCUUCAGCUUCGCACAUGGAUGUAGAUGCAGAUCAAGAUGGACUAGACCAUAAACUGAGAUCAGGAGGUCGCUACUAUUCAGCGAAGUAUGCAACUGUCGAGAAAAACAAGGGUUUCAAGCACGUGAAAAUUAUUGAGAAAAAGAUGCCUUCAAUGGUGCCCGAGGAUUAUAUACCUUUGGGAUCGAAUUUGUCUUCUGAAAACGGUGGUGAUAUGUCUAUACCAAAGGGGGAGCUUGAAGCAUCAUGGGAUGAUGAAUUGAUUCGGAAGACAAGAGACUUCAACAAAAAGUCCAGAGAUUUUCCUCAUGAUGAAAAUGUCUGGUUGGCCUUUGCAGAAUUUCAGGAUAAAAUUGCGAGUACUCAGCCACAAAAAGCUGCUCGCCUGCAGACAAUUGAGAAGAAGAUUAGCAUACUUGAGAAGGCUGUGGAGCUCAAUCCGGAUAGUGAAGAACUGAUGCUUUGUCUUUUGAGAUCUUAUCAUGACAGGGACACUGGUGGUAAUAUCUUGGGCAAAUGGGAAAAAAUACUGAUGCAGCAUUUGGAUAGUUGUAGAUUAUGGAAAGAGUAUUUGCUUUUCUGCCAAAGCGAGUUCUCUCGGUUUAAGGUCUCUGAAAUAAGGAAAAGUUAUUCUCAUGCCAUUCAAGCUUUAUCUUCGUCUUGCGACAAGCUUUGUAGGCAGGAUUGUCAAAUUGCUGAUGUCCAUUCAUCGAAUUCUUCCUUAGUUCAGCUAGAACUUGGUUUGGUGGAUAUCUUUGUGAGUCUAUGCAGAUUCGAGUGGCAGACAGGUUACCGGGAAUUAACAACUGGGUUGUUUCAAGCUCAAAUAGAGUAUAGCUUGUUGUGCCCAACCUUACUUCUCACACCAUAUAGUAAGAAAAGGCUCUUUGAGCACUUCUGGAAUAGUGGUGGUGCAAGGAUUGGAGAAGAGGGUGCAGCUGGGUGGUCUAAAUGGUUAGCAAAAGAUGAGGAGAACAGGAAGAAUGUGAUUAUGCCGGAAAGUUCGCAAGAGGCUGAAGUAGGAGGCUGGAGUGGUUGGUUUGACCCUUUAUCGAUGAAAAGUGAAAUGAAUGAAGAGCUAGAUAAUUUAAUAGGGCCUACCCUAGCUGAUGGAAAUGAGGAAGAGCACCCUGAUACUGAAGAUGCUCCAUUGCAAGAAGAUGUUGAAUCGUUGUUAAAAAAACUAGGAAUUGAUAUAGAUGCCGAGUCUAAUAGCGAGGUUAAAGAUGUCAAUACAUGGAAAAAAUGGUCCCUUGAGGAAUUAUCAAGGGACAAUGAGCAGUGGAUGCCUGUUUAUGAAAGUUCUGAAUCUGCUCAUCCUGACAACCCAGCGCAGGAUGGUGAUGAACAGCUUUCAAGGGUGAUCUUGUUUGACGAUGUCAGUGACUACUUGUUCUCUUUGUCAUCAGAGGAGGCUCGUUUGUCCUUGCUGUGCCAAUUUGUUGACUUCUAUGGUGGUAAAAUUUCUCAAUGGACGUCUACGAACAAAUCGAGUUGGCUUGACCGGAUUCUAAGCUUGGAGACUGUGCCAGAUGAUAUUUUGAAAGAUCUGAGAGGUGUCUGGGAACUAGUAAACAAGAUUCAAGCUUCUUCAGAUCAUCUUAGCUUGGAAUCCCUGAUGGGCAGCAAAAGUGAUUCUUCAACAAGCACUGCAAUGAUGAAAUUUCUGCGGAAUGCAAUAUUGCUUUCGCUUGAUGUCUUUCCUCGUAAUGAUAUAUUAGAAGAAGCUCUACUUGUAACUGAAGAGAUACUUUCAGCUAAAAGGAAUUUGUCAUCUUCUUCAGCCAAUGCCUCACGAGCUUUGGCCAAAAACCUACUGAAAAAAGAUCGACAGGAUUUGUUACUUUGCGGUAUAUAUGCACGAAGAGAGGCCAGCCAUGGAAAUAUUGAUCUUGGAAGGAAGAUAUUGGAUAUGGCAUUGUUAUCUGUUGAUGGAGUUGCACAGGACCUUCAGGAAAAUGUUCCUCUUCUUUAUUUAUGGUAUGCUGAAAUGGAGUUGGAGACAUCUACUUCGAGCUGCAACAUAGCUGAGUCGUCCUUGCAGCGAGCCGUCUACAUACUGUCAUGCUUAGGAAGCAAACUUAAGUACACCCCCUUUAAAAAUCCAAUUUCUGGUCCCCAGGUCUUGAGAGCACGUCAAGGAUUUAGAGAACAGAUUAAAAGCUUAAGAUACUUAUGGGCACGUGGUUCCAUAACAAAAGGUUCUGUUGCUCUCGUCUGUUCUGCUUCUUUAUUUGAGACCUUGACAUCCGGCUGGUCUGCUGGUCUUGAAGUUAUUGAAGAAACCUUUUCAGCGACACUUUCAGGAAGGAGAAGCUCCAGCUUGGAACUUGAAACUUUGUGGAUCUAUUAUGUUGGACUGCUUCAGAAACAUAGCAAGCAAUUGAAGUUCUCAAAGGUGCGGGGAAGCAUAACAGAAGGGCUGCAAAUAUAUCCUAACAAUUCAAAAACAUAUGCAGCCAUGUUAGGACUAAGCUGUCGCUAUAUGGUUUCCAACAAAGUGCGACUUCUACUAGACAAAUGUAUAGAGAGGAAUCCAUCUGUGAUUGCCUGGCUUUUUGCAUUGUCGUUUGAAUGGGAUAAGCCUGGAUCUAGCAGUAGGAUUCAUGGGUUGUUUGAGAGAGCUCUAGCAAACAAUAAGUUGCAGAAGUCGGUGCUGUUGUGGCGCUGCUACCUUGCAUACGAGGCCGACAUCGUCCGCAAUCCUUCUGCUGCGAGACGAGUCUUUUUCAGAGCUAUUCACGCAUGUCCAUGGUCUAAAAGGUUAUGGCUCGACGGAUUCCAGAAACUGAGUUCAAUUUUGACACUAAAGGAGCUAUCAGAUCUUCAGGAAGUCAUGCGAGACAAAGAAUUGAACAUCCGCACAGAUAUAUACGAAAUCCUCCUCCAGGAUGAGACUGAGGCAUGAGAAAUAUUUCAUACGCAUGUAUCUGUACUAUAAAAUUUUCUGUAACAUGCUUUGUGCAAUAAGCGAAGAUGUCGGCACCCCUGUAUCAGUUCUCUUUCUGCAGAAAAUUUCUGAAUGGUCAGAGCCGGUUGUAUCUUGGUUGCGAUUGUGAUUUUAUCUGUGGUGAGGUAUUGGAUCGCAAAAUGCAAGUGGUGCUAAAGGGUUAAAUUUGGCCAUUCCUGUGCAGCUGUUAAUUGGGUUCCCAAUCCUAACUUUUGCAGACGACUCAGAUUGAAACAACACAUCAGUGAUCGAAUUGCAAAAAUUGUGGGGUUCAGGAUUCAAGUGAAAACUCAUGUUUAAGUUAGGAGACCAACCGGUGCAAUCAACGGCGGCGCAACUUGAAGUUUCUUGAAUUGUUUGUGUUUCUUCUCGCAGCAUUAUUCUAACAAACACUUCUAAUAGAAGGCCCAGCGAGCUCCCUACGAGGUUUGCAGAAUUUAUUUUUCCUCAUUAUGUGAUGUGCAUAGUUUUGCUUGAAAUGUUUACUACGAUAUGCCAUUGUUGUGUCUUAUUUGUUUUUUUUUUUUUUUUUUCUAUAUAAUUGAUAUUAGCCUCA